AAUCAGGAUGGAGGAGAGGACUGCCAUUGACAGAAUUAUCAUUGCAGGGUCCAAUUGUGUUUGUUCAAACUGGACGUUUGGUCGAAACUGUGACAAAUGUACCUGUGUCAGGAUGCACACAGAGUCCUGUGACAAAACUACCGGGACCUGUCGCUGUAAGGCUGGGUAUACUGGGGACGCCUGUCAGUGUGAAGCUAAUGGAAAACCCUGUCUCCAUGACGUAAGAUUGGUGAAUGGAAACACAACAAACAUGGGCAGAGUGGAAGUGGUCACUGAAGGCAUAUGGUCCACAGUAUGUGACGGAAACUGGGAUGAUAAUGACGCAACAGUCGUCUGCAAACAACUAGGACUCGGAAACUACGGUAUUGCAAUGAAUAAUGCUGAAUUUGGGAAAGGGGUUGGUCCUAUCCAUGUCGACAAGGUUGAUUGUAAGGGAGAUGAAGAGGAUUUGUUAUCAUGUCAGUUUACUCGAUCUUCAUGUGACCACUCCGAUGAUGCUGGGGUAGUAUGUGUUAAUGUUUCGAGUAUAAUCCGCCUAAGAGAUGGUACCGAUCGGACAAAUGGUCGUCUAGAGAUCAAAUUGGAUGGAGGUGGAUCUUGGGGUACAGUCUGUGACGACGGCUUCGGAGAAUCGGAUGCUAGAGUAGCCUGUCAACAGUUAGGUCUACCCACGAGAUCUGUUCAAUCAAAAUCAUCAGCUUAUUAUGGAUCGGGAUCGGGGCCGAUUCUUUUAAGCAAUCUAGGGUGCAACGGAGAUGAGCCUGCUAUUCAGUCGUGUUCUGGUACAAAAAAUCCCGGUACUUGUGGGCAUUAUGAAGACGCCGGUAUAUCUUGCUCAAAUGAUUGUCCCUCGUUCACUUAUGGAAAAGAAUGUGAAGAUGAUUGCGUUUGUGACCGUAGUAACUCCUUGUUAUGUGACAAAGACACGGGGGAAUGCGUGUGCAAGAGUGGAUGGUCAGGUGUACGUUGCACGUGCGGACGAGAAAUAAAAUGUGGUGAAAAUUCGUACUGCGAUGAGUACAAAUGCCUAUGUGUGGACGGUGUUUUCACUAAACCAUCCAACUGUUCAGAUGUCACAGACGUUUUGUAUUCCUGUUCGUUUGAAACAGAUUUUGAAACAUGUUCAAUUAAAAAUUAUGGCGUCAUGAGAUGGAGAAAAGAUAGCAGUGGAACACCCAGUGAUCAUACAGGUCCAUACUCGGCGAAAGAGGGAAGAUACUACGUUUAUACAGAGGCCACCAGACAAUCCACUGGCGAUAAAGGAGUAAUGAAAAUAUCCGUAUCUAAUUUAAAUCUUACUACACAUGCCUGUUUCCAGUUUUAUUAUCACAUGAGAGGGGAUGAUAUGGGUGACUUGAAUAUAACCGCACAGGACACAUAUGGAUCCGAAAUUACUAAAUGGACAAAGUCAGGACAUUUUGGUUCCAGAUGGGACAAAGGCUUUUUUUCUCUCCCACCCACCUCUUCAUUGAUUAAGAUAACUGGUAUCAGAGGCGAUGGAUAUCAGUCAGAUAUUGCACUUGAUGACUUCAAAAUCUUUCAAGGGCAUUGUGAUUGUGAUCAAUGGAAAUAUGGAUUAACUUGUGAAAAAUCAUGUGAUUGCAUAAGAGGAACUUCUGAAGGGUGUAAUAGUCAGACUGGAAGUUGUAUUUGCCAGUCAGGAUGGAGCGGCAAAACAUGUAAUUGCCGGAAGUCAGGAGACAACUGUCAUCCUGCAUACUCUUAUUGCCAUGGAGAUGUAUGUUUAUGCAAAGAUGGCGUAUAUGACACCGGUGUUACGUGCUCCGGUAUCAAUGACAUCACAUAUUUCUGUGCAUUUGAUAUGCCAGACAGUCUCAAACAAUGCAAAAUUGUAUUGCCUCCAUUGCAGUGGGAGAUCCAAGAGGACAGAACACACUCGAUUAGUGAUAACUAUCAUCUGACCAACAACCACUACUUGCAAACAAGACUGUCUCCGGAAAGCACAAUGUUUUCAUUUUCCCUCAAGAAUAUAUCGUUAAAAACUGAUAGUUGUCUUCAAGUCAAAUAUUUCACACGCGAUCCAACGAAACAAAGUCUCCGAAUUCAGGUGAUAAGAAAUGGGCAUUUGAUAAGUAAUAGACUGUUUCAAGAAAGGGAUUGGUCAACUGCCCGUAUCUCCAUAAAGGCAUCUUCAGAGAUCAAGAUUCAUUUUAUUGUGAACGUCUACAAUAGUUGGCCUGUGCUUAUAGACGACAUAAUCAUAACGGCAAAGAGAUGUAGUGCUUGUUCACAGUGGUACUAUGGCUCAGAUUGUGAAAAGAUGUCGAAAUGUAACCGUACAAAUACUCUUUCAUUUGACCACCAAGAUCAUUGCAAUUGUAAGGCAAACUGGCGGGGUGAAAAAUGUGACUGCACAAAAUCAGAGAACGAUGCGUGUCUCAAACAGGGGGAGAUCUGCAUGGGUGGAACUUGUUCAUGCAGGAUUGGAUAUACAAGAGGUGGAUUGGGCUGCAGAGAUAUUGAUGAAUGCAAAUAUAAAUGCAAAAGUUCUCUGCAAACAUGCACAAAUACGAAUGGAUCGUAUUCAUGUGUUUGUAAUAAGGGCACUGUUGGCGAUGGUGCCAUUUGCUCGGAAUCGCCGCUGGCCAUUACAAAUGGGUCUACACCCAUGGACGGAAUCGUACUGAUGUGGCGAGACAAUGUCUGGGGUGCAUUAUGUCAGUCCUUCGAUCUGUUUACAGCUAUGCUAGCUUGCAAUACGCUUUUCAAUGACGAUAUACAUGGUGUUCAUCUUGCUCAGGAAGGAGGCUACAAAUCGCCAAAUGGGGUCACAUACAAGUCAUUUGUAUGUGAUCAAAAGAGUAAAGGAUUUGACCUUACAAAAUGUAAUGUCUCUAUUGAGCCCUGUGACACUGAGAAGGAAGCGAUGCACUUAUCCUGUGGCGUCUGUGGAGGGGUUUAUACAAAUCCGAUUGGACUAGUGGAGCCACCUCUUCAAGUUCCAGCAAAUACAUUGUGUUUCUUUUUAUUGAAGCCUUUUAACUCUAAAACGAUCAAUGCAACAUUCAUUUCUUUCUCAAUGAAUCCAAAUGAUCAGUUUCGAAGAAAACGGUAUUCACCAGUAAUUCAGAUUCCAUGUAACGACACAUAUCUUGAGGUAUUCGAUGGUCCAGGGCCAGAGUCACCUUUUAUCGGGCGAUAUUGUAACAGUCGACCUCGAUUUACUAUCACUUCUACUGGGGAUAGUUUAUUUAUUAUUUAUAAAACGUCUAGAGGCACGUCAAAACACGAUUUCCAGGUCAUCUACGAAUCAGAGAAGAGUGUGGAAGAUCCCCAUGUACUUGGGGAACGCUGUAGUCAUUCUGUUCAGUGUGUAGCGAACAAUGCCUCCUGUGUCAAUAACAAAUGUACAUGUCAUAGAGACUAUUACAUGUUUGAUACAGCUACUUGCUUGGAACGAAAACUUUGGAACUCUUCAUGUGAUGUAAAUGAAGAAUGCAAAACCUCUUACUGCCAUCCUGAAAUCCAAGUGUGUAAUUGUCCUGUGUACUCAGAAAUUGAUUUAGUUAACGAAGUAUGUGUUGCCAAACAAGCAAAACCAACAGAAGAACAACAACAACAGUGGUUGAUCCCUGUCCUGCUGCUUAUCAUCAUACUGAUAAUAAUACUUAUUGCUGUCAUCGUUAUCUUUGCUAGAAAUAAGGGAUACAUUCUAUGGGGAACGGGAAAUGAUGCCACCUUUACGUAUUCGGAGCUAAUGUCAGCAUCCAACCCAUUGUAUGCAUAUAAUACAGAUGACAAGAGUUCGCAUCGAGGUUCUGUAAUUUCUAUAAACCAAGCAGCGGAUAUUACCCACAGAAUACGUUUGAGUACAUUUGGAGACACCUAUGAGAGUUUGUGUGAUGAUGUUAAUUGGCCAGAAGAAGAAUUUAGGAGAAUACUGAGAUCCUGCGAGCAGAGACCUACAGACAUAGGAGCAGCAUCACAGAACAGACAUAAAAACAGAAGCAGAGACGUCUUGCCAUACGACUACAACAGAUUAAGGGAAUCUGGUACAACCAGUGUGAACGACUACAUCAACGCGAGUGUUAUAGAGGGUCUACAUAGUCACUACCCUUAUUACAUUGUGACACAAUAUCCGCUCAUUUCGACGCAAAAUGACUUUUGGGGAAUGGUGUGGAAGCAAAGAGUAGCAUCGAUUAUUAGUCUUGUUUCCAGCAGUGAGAAGGAAGUAUACUUUCCAACAAGAACUGGUAUGACAAGAACUUUUGGUAAAAUCAAGGUGCAAACGCUGUCAACCUUAACUGUUCACAGGUGUACAUUCCGAUGUUUAAAGAUUGUGAAGGGGUCCAAGAACCACACAGUAAAUCACUUUCAGUCUUCAUUUCUCUCCAACUUCACGAAAGAUGAGUGUUCAGAUCUUUUAAAUCUCAUUAAUCUUGUGCAUUCCAAUUCUGAGGAGGGGUAUGAUAGCAGACCACUUGUCAUACAUUGUCUGAAUGGAACUGGAAAAUCAGGUAUCUUCGUUGCCAUGGAUUAUCUCAUACAACUUAUUAGGAAUGGCGAUACUCAUGUUGAUAUUUACAACCUCACACACGUCCUGAUCGCAAAUAGAGAGAAAUUAAUAGAAAACGAGACACAGUACCAGUUCUUGUAUGACUGUGUAGAAUCAUAUUUGGAUCACGAAAAGAAAAGCCCACCUCAAAAACUACCAGAGCCUAACCCUACAGAGGAGGAAG